GGCCGGUAUAAUUCACUGUCGUCAUUCUAGAUCCGAGUCAAGAGUUUAGUAUUUGUAGGAUGCAAUAUCCAUCCCUGGGCGUCCGAUGCAUGCAACCGUCGCGAGUUAACUUCCGUCAAGCCUCACGAAAGUCGAAAACAAACAACUGUUAACGAUCACGCUGUCUCUCCGCCCAAACCACUAACACUUAUCACCGCCACCGACAAACCGACAACACCAAAACGCAAUCUCACCAACAACGACCAAACCAAUAAACACCCAUAACACCCAUAUACCAAGAACACCCCCAAAAAACCAAAAAGCAAUGCCCACCGCGCUCGGCCUAACAACCGACAAACCCGCCACCACCCACCAACCACCCCCCGGCGCCGGCCCGCACGUCUCGUCCUCCACCACCAUGGGCGCCAACGCGCGGCUCGACACCAUCUCGAAGCGCAACCACGCAGCCGCGCGCGAGAUGGAGACGCUCCUCUGGCGCGCCCUCUGCGACGAGCCGGCCUCCCUGCGCGACUACCUCGCCCACGACUGCGUCAUGAUCAACCCGCUGCUGGCGCCGCGCGGGUCGUGCGAGCCGUUGUCUAAGGAUACGACGCCCAGUGUGGUGGAUGUGUUGCAGGCGGGGGCGGAUGGCGGGAGGUUUAAUGGGUUUCGGUUUUGGGGCGAGCCGUUGGUGGUGGAGGUGGAUUUGAUGGCGGUGGCGUUGGUGUAUAAGAUUAGUUUGUUUAGGCAGGGGCGGAAGGGGGGGGUGAGGGAGGUGGUGGCGAGCGUGAGUAGUACGUGGCGGCAGACGGCCGGGGCGGAUUGGUUGUUGGUGCAGUUCCAUGUGGCGUAUGCGGAUGAUGAGGAGGAGUGAAGGGGUUGGUUAGGGUGAGAGGGGUUGAAGGGGAGGCGGGGGGUGGGGUGUGGUUGCUAUCUAGGUAUCUGGCCGGCAUGGUAACGGGGAGAUCUGAGAAAGACGGGUUUAAUUGUGGUUGACUGGGUUUGGAUGGUUGGUUGGUUAAUUUGGGUGCAGCUUUUAGGUUUAUGAGUUCCUCCAUCGUCUUUAAUGCAAUGUAUUGGUAUUCACUUUAUAUCAUGUUGGCAGUACUUUUAUCAGGCUGAUAAUAAACCUUCUAUUACCCUGCA